AUGACCUUUCCCACAUUGAAGCUCACGUACUUCGACAUGACUGGCCGCGCCGAGCUCGUGCGCCUGGCGCUGCACGCGGGUGGCAUCCCGUUCGAGGACGAGCGCCUCACGCGCGAACAGUUUGGCGCGGUCAAGCCGACGCUGCCGUUCAAGCAGGUGCCGACGCUCACGGUCGACGGCGUCGUCAUGGCCCAGUCGCAUGCGAUGGCGCGCUACGCCGGCCGCCUCUCGGGCCUCUACCCGACCGAAGCGCUCGAGGCGUUCCGUGUCGACGAGCUUCUCGCGGCCUCGGACGACACGCUCGCCAAGCUCAUGCCGUCGUUCCGCGAACAAGACCCGGCCAAGCGUCUCGCACUCCGCGAAGAAGCCGCUGCGGGUCCGCUUCCGGAGCACUUUGCGUGCAUCGAGGCGCGUCUGCCAUUGACGGGCACGUACUUUCUCGGCGAGAAGCUCUCGAUCGCGGACCUCGAGCUCUACGGCGCGCGCAAGAUGAUGGCACCGUGGGAAGUUGUCGGCGAGCGCUGUUAG